AUGGCGUCAAUGAAGCUGAAAAUGACGAUUGUGGUGAUAAUGGGUGUGUUGUUGGGUGCAGCAGAGAGCACCCCAAACAUUAAUAUAAAUGAAUGGCGGUGCAACGCCGAUUCCUAUUCGGAAACCGAUGCUUACGCCGGCAACGUGGACUACGUUCUUACAGAUUUGAUGUACCAGACACCCAACGCGCCGGCCUAUUAUUACUUCACCCAGUCGCCCUCCAACACCGCCAUCUGCUACGGCCAAGCCAUCUGCAACAUCGCGAUCUCCAACAACGACUGCAACGACUGCCUCAUCGCCGCCGACUCCAACAUCAAGAUCAUCUGCAACGACAAAAUCGGCGCCAUGCUGGAGAUGGUGGACUGCACCAUCAGAUAUGAGAACUACCCUUUCUGA